AUGGGUGAUUUACCAAAGCGGCGGGUCACACCAUCUCCUCCAUUUUACGUAACUGGCGUAGACUACGCUGGUCCCUUCCUAAUCAAGGAUAGACAGGGACGCGGCUGUCGCACUUCAAAGGCUUAUAUUGCGGUGUUUGUAUGCUUUGCCACAAGGGCUCUGCAUUUAGAGUUGGUAAGCGCUUUAACUACAGAAGCCUUUCUAGCUACUUUGAAACGCUUUGUAGGUCGGCGAGGAAAACCUGCACAAAUGUACUCAGACAACGGUACAAAUUUCAAAGGAGCUUAUAAUGAGUUAUCUAAAUUAGCGGAUUUUUUGCAGAAUAAUGCAAAUUCACUUGUCGAAGCUAUCGAGAAUAAAGGCAUCUCAUGGUCAUUCAUUCCAGCUAGUUCUCCACACUUUGGUGGGUUGUGGGAAUCGGGCGUGCGAACGGUCAAAUAUCAUUAG